AUGGCGCAUCCAAGUUGGGAAAGAUACGUUCAACGCAUGAAAGAGCUUGAGAAAAACCCUCCUCCCUCCGACGGAAAGGCGCCGGCGGAGCCGCUCCCUGCAACAUUCGCAGGUGCGAAUGAAUGGGACAAAAUGCUCUACACGUGGAAGAUCAACGGUGCGAAGCAUAAGGAAAUUCAUGAGGAAUACGAACGUUUGUCAGGACGACCGAUCGACAGAGACGACAUGAUACUUCGAUUCUUGAGGCUGAUGGAGCAAUUUGCUGCAAGUGGAGAACUUAGGCUCCCAGUCGAAUGGCUGGAAAAGUAUCCCGAGGACUACAAAUAUCAGCUCAUUGCCGAACAAAAGAGAGAUCAAAUGGAAAAAGAGAAAAAGUGA